AACCCUUCUUUAACUUUCAUUGUUAUACAAAACCCAGAUUCUUCUCUCCCUUGUCCUUCUCAUCCGUUUCUCAAUCUAAUAUCUCUCUCUGUUCAAUUCAGUCUUCGAUACAGUGUUCAGAGUUUCCCUCAAACGUCGCCGUUUCUCUGAAACUUGACCAAUGGCCAUGGACCAAUCCUUUGAAGAUGCUUAUGGAGAACUCUACGGAGAAGGUGCAUUCUCUUUCAAGAACAACACCAAGCCUGACCCAAUCACAGACUCGGUUCCUUCUUCCGAUGAUUCCAGCUUCGACUGCAACAUAUGCCUAGACUCAGUGCAAGAACCAGUCGUCACCCUCUGCGGCCACCUCUUCUGCUGGCCCUGCAUCCACAAAUGGCUUCACGUACAGAGCGAUGAGCACCAAAGACAUAAACAGUGUCCCGUUUGUAAAUCCAAAGUCUCUCACUCUACUCUUGUUCCUUUGUACGGACGAGGCGGUGGCAAUAGCCAGGAGAAAGAUAAAAGCGGUGAUGUGCCUAGGAGACCGGUUUACAAGCUCGAGAUGGCGAAUUCAAGUACUGAUUUGCGGUUAUCUCAACGGGUUCGUUUCGACAACCGGCAUGGAGGUUACUACCCUGUCUCAGGGGUGAUGAGUUCCAACAGUUUGUCGUACUCUCCCGUUAUGGAUCCGAUGGUGGUGAUGGUUGGAGAGAUGGUAGCUACGAGGCUGUUCGGAACACGGGUGAUGGAUAGAUUCACGUACCCGGACACUUACAAUCUCGCGGGGACUAGCGGCCCGAGGAUGAGAAGGCAGAUCAUGCAGGCUGAUAAAUCGCUGGGGAGAAUCUCCCUCUUUUUAAUAUGUUGUGUGUUUCUGUGUCUUCUACUGUUUUAGAGUCCUCCUCACUAGCUUUGUCGUAAUGUUUUCACUUUCUAAAAGUGUGAGGAAACGUAGACAAAGAGAUGUACAUUUUGUGUUGGUAGAAAUGGAUUCAAGCUGCUUAAUGUUGAGUA